UUGCUUGCCAUCUCGCUCUCGUGCACGCACGCACACACACACACACGCGCGCGCCGAGACCGCCACUCUCUCUCCGGUGAGAGUGCAAGCACGCACGAGCUUUAUGCUGAGUGUGCGUGUGCACGCGCCUGCCCGCGCGCGCCACCAUCACAACCACCUCCCGUUCGUUCCCGGUGCGCGAGACUACUGUUGCUGCUGCCGCUUCUGCUGCUGCUACAACGGGCGCGAGCCGGAGCUCCUCCUCAUUCAGACGCGGCACGCGGCGCCAUCAGUAGAUCAUCUUACGGGGCAGUACAGCACGGCUCUCGUGGCAUGACUACUACAAACAAGGGAAAUAAAGCACUGAAGGUGAAGAGGGAGCCGGGGGAGAAUGGGACGAGUCUCACGGAUGACGAGUUGGUGUCGAUGUCUGUGCGGGAGCUGAACCAGCACCUCCGGGGUCUCACUAAAGAGGAGAUCCUGCAGCUGAAGCAGCGUCGGCGCACGCUGAAGAACCGCGGGUACGCCGCCAGCUGCCGCGUGAAGCGGGUCACGCAGAAGGAGGAGCUGGAGAAGCAGAAGGCGGAGCUUCAGCAGGAGGUGGAGAAGCUGGCCUCCGAGAACGCCAGCAUGAAGGUGGAGCUGGACGUCCUGCGCUCCAAGUACGAGGCCCUGCAGAGCUUCGCCAGGACUGUGGCCCGCAGCCCCAUGAGCGCCGCCAGGGGCCCCAUCACCUCCGUCAUCGGGCCCCUCAUACCGGGCAAGGUGGCGGCCACCAGCGUCAUCACCAUCGUCAAGUCUAAAACGCAGGCGCGGUCGUAAUGCACGGGGGAAUCCGGUCAGCGAAUCACCAUCAAGCACAGGUCUGAGGAUCAGGAACGACUAAAGCACCGGAAAUUCUUAUUUAUUUUGCAAUUAUAUUUCUGUGUUUCCUCUAACAUUAGGAUUUUUUAAGCACAAAAAAAAAAACAAUGACAAUAAAUAACUACAUAUGAAUGGAUGCACAGCUAACCUGGCUCAAACCGAUCGCUAAGGUAUCUCAAGUCAUGGGAGUGUGUUGUGGAUACCAUAGCAACCACCUAGUCAUAACCUACUCUAAUGUAUACACUACUGUUUAGAAGUUUGGAAUCAUUAUUUAUAAUAAUAAUUUCAAAAAUUCUGUUUUGUAAAAUGAAGAGUAAUGGGAUGAAGUGCUACAGCAGACUAGUAGCUCUCCAGCCCAGAGGGUUGUUGAACCCAAUGGCAGAACAGUUGAUCUCAAAGCAGGUAAAACCAAGGAGAAAGUAUUAAUAAUAUAUAAAUAAAUAAACACACCGCUCCUCA